UUGAUAUGGCUGUUCGUGUUCUGUUUUCUGCAAUUGUCAAGUUUAAUGGUGUGCUGUGCAGUUGUUUUUCUAUUGUCGAAAUACAUCCUUCAAUCAUUAAUAACGCUUGGUUGUGAACCUAAGAGGACAAUAUACUGGCGUGAAACACAUGUGUAAAUGCGAUAAUUGUAGCUUUUUGACGUAUUUGAUUCUGCAAGACCACCCAUCUCGACAAUGGCAGGAGGUUGGAUUAACUACGUACUAGACUGACAAAACAUUUUCUGACUUCUAUGCUCACAAACCACUCCUUAUUCCAAGGUAUAUGUGAUCUUUUCCUUUUGAAAUUUUGAUAUGGUUUAAAGACAUGAAUUUGUUGACUUCCAUACACGUGAAUUUUCACUCAUGCCUUAUUAGCUUGUGCUUUGGCCACAACGUCUUAGGCCAAUAUUAUUGAGAAAAUAAUGGGCCAAAGAAUAAGUGACCUUAAAGGAAUAUUUGGAACAAUGGAAGUAAAAGAAGUGAAUGAUAUUGUCUCUGGAAGCAACUCCACUUGCUAUGCUAAUAGUGGGAAUACAAUUGAACAGAAUAAUCUGUCUCAUGAUAACAAUGGGAAUAACCAAGCUAAUUUUGGUGUUGAUGAUCAUUUUGAAAACAUAUAUAGCAACAAUUCAGAGAGUACUAGACAUUCAGAAGAUAACGGCAACUCAAUUUUACCAGAGCUGAGACCGUCCACAGCUGGCCUAGGUUUACCAGCCAAUUUCGUCAACCAAAAUUCCUCAGAAGCGUCUGCUGCUGCUGUAUUAUCUGUUUCACAAGAUGGACAGGCCUGUUCAAUCAGCAAUGAUUUGAAGUUAUGUUCUAAAGCCAUGAGACACAACGGGACACAGAAAUGUAUUGGCGUUUCCAAAGAUGUUUCUGGUGGCAGCAGUAAAAAGAAAAGGCACCAUUCAUGGGUUUUAAGAUUUAACUGUGCUAGACUUAAAAGCGGAAGUAGUAGUAGUGCUGCUGGGUCCGAAAACGAUAUUGCAGAACCUAAUAUGGGCUGUGACUCAUGUGUUUGCACAGGUUACAGACGAACUGAAGACCACCAUUUGGGCGCAGGUGUUGUUUUUGGCUCAACUUCCCUUCAACAAAGAAAAAAUGAGUCUACGGUGAAUAGCGAUUCUAGUAGUGGAGAAGAAGAAAGAGAUUGUUUUUUAAGAACACGUCCAGUUAUUGAUCUAUCAAAAUUCAACCCAGAAGAUUAUCCUAUAGAAGAUUGCGAUGAAAGAGCAAGACUUGAACGAGCUCGUGAAAUUGCUGAGGGAGUCGACCCUCCUCCUGGAUUCCGCCCUGCACCGCAUAUCCAAGUUGUCAUUCCUCCAGAACUCACAGUUGACAAUAUCACUGCUUUAUUUCAAUCAGCAGCGCUAUCUGCACUAUCACAGCUGGAUGUUACACAAAGAGUUGUCCAUACUCAAGUUGAUUAUAUUCACUGUCUAGUGCCUGACCUAUUACAAAUUACAUCUUGCUCCUUCUAUUGGGGUAAAAUGGACAGGUAUGAAGCAGAAAGGUUACUUGAAGGUAGACCAGAAGGUACAUUUCUGUUACGGGAUUCUGCACAAGAAGAGUAUCUUUUUUCAGUUAGUUUUCGUAAAUACGGGCGAUCAUUGCAUGCUCGCAUUGAACAAUGGAAUCAUAGGUUCAGCUUUGAUUCUCAUGAUCCUGGAGUUUUUGCAUCAUCUACAGUAUGUGGUCUCAUAGAACACUACAAGGACCCAUCCUGUUGCAUGUUUUUUGAGCCUAUGUUAACAAUCCCUCUUCAUCGGAACUUUCCUUUUCCUCUACAGCAUCUUUGUAGGGCUGUUAUUUGUAGUAAAGCGACAUAUGAUGGUGUGUCUCAACUACGUCUACCCAAAAGUCUCAAGAGUUAUCUGAAAGAAUACCACUACAAGCAAAGAGUGAGAGUGCGACGUUUUGACUCUGAACAAUACUAACUUGGUCAUAACUAGAUCUAGUUGUGAGCUGCAGCUUAUGUUCCAGAGGUACUUUACUCCUUUACUAGGCCUGGAAAUCAUUACUGGAAUCACAGUGAGUCAUUAUAGUCCAAGUGUUUUCUGACCAAUGAGAAAAAAAAACUGUUAGGCCUUAUUUUAAUGCUUUUAACCUAGUGGCUACUGUACUAGGCCUAUAGGGCCUAGUUGAAAUGUCUGAGUCAGUAUAUUUUUACAUCAAGAUAUUGAAAGGAGGUAGUGCACUAGCAAGAGUGCUUGUAGUCAUGCAGAAUUAAUUUAAAACAAUGAACUCUCCACUUUUGAAAAUUAAGGAAAUACCUAUAGGCCCUACCUCAAUAUUUUAGUGGACAAUGUGCUUGCCUGAUAAUAGAAGGUUACUCGUUUGACACCGAUAACAGUUCGGCAGACUUAUGAUGGUUUAUUCUUCGAAAAACCAAGCUGAAUUUGUUUCAAAUAGGCCUAUUCAAGAAAAAGUCAGUUUUUAAUUUACUGUUUUAACCUAAAACUAUUUGUCUUAUGAGAUGUCUUGUGGUGUGACUUUAUUACUGAAAGCAGCAUGAGGCAUCACCCCUAAAUUAAAAUAAAUUAUAUAUUUUGUCCCUAAUUGUUUUCAUCGUUAUAGUCGUAAUCAAUUAAAUACAGUGAUGUCAGGAUUGUCAAACAGAGAAACAUAGUUAGGGCUUUGAUUAAUUAUAAUUCAAAAAUAUUAAAAUACAAUGUGAACACUUUUUGUGAUUUGUCAUUAGGCCCAUAUGACUUAGUGUAUUCUAGUUUGAAAAUUGUAUCCCCAUAGUUAAGUCCCUAAGCACAAUUUUUACCGUGCCAUUUGAUGUGCAAGUAACUUUACUAAAGGCUUCCUUGUUAGUAAAUUACCGUACUUUUCUUAAAUUUGAAACUAAAUGAUUACUAUAUCCUGUAGAGUGCGGCUGGCUGAAGGGUCGGUACUACUCACAUACAGGUCUCAUACACACACGUACACAUAUACUGCUCGUGACAUCUAAGCUGGCACUUGGCCUAGCGCGGGCAGUGUAGGCGGGAGGAGGGUGGAGGUAGGGAAAAGACCGGACUGCAAACAUUUCCGCUGCCUCACGGGGUUGACUCCCCUUGUAUUAUGUACUUGAGCGCCUUCAUAUGGUUGGCGAGGACAGUUGAUGCAACCCGCAUGACGGGACAUAAUGGUUUUGAACAAGCUACUAGUAGCGAUCGGCCAAGUGCCAGCAUAGAUGUCACGAGCUGUACAAGGGAUUAGGACGGAUCAUUGAGGGUGAGUCGAGUCCCUCGGACGUUGGUCAGGGCACACUCCCUGAGCUAACAGUGUAUAUACUGGCACACAUUUCUUCAAACAUUAUAAAAAUCAAAUAGGGUUUAGUCGUGUGAUUUUAUGAUUAUUUUUAAGCACCAACUUUGGUAUUUCGAGGUAUUCACCUGUAUCUUAGCUUGACAAAUCCCAAAUGUAAAAAAAAAAUCAAAAGACAAUUUUUUUCAAAUUUUGGAUUCUGGCUUAUGUUUGCAAGGGAAUGAAAUCGGUUGGUGAUUUGAAAAUUAUUCAUGGGUAGAAGAAAAUGCAUCCAUUUUGGGUUUAGUGUAUUAGUAAGCAAAUGGGCUUAAAUGUGAUCAAGUUAUUUAAACUACAAAUAAUCAAGAAUACUCUCUGAUCUGUUCCAAUUAAAACAGAUGUAGGCUAUAGUUAGCAGAUAAACGCUAUCACAAAAGGGAAUUGUUAACAUAACAUAUGACCAAACAAAAGAAAAUAUUUAUAUUUAAUUGGUGAUAAACUAGCUGACAUUUGUUGUUUUUCAUAUUUAUUCUUAUUAUGGUUUUAUUUUAUUGACCUGUUGAAUCACAUUUUGUGAAUAAUUAGUCUAAUCAAACUUGUGUUGUUUGUAUAAAGUAGCAAGGUUUUAUUCUUCAAUCAGCUUAUUUCUUAAUAUUUUGCUAGUUUAGACAGAACAAUUUUUAAACUCUUAACUUAUUUGCUUUAAUAUUUGUCUACGGUAUUAGCUUGCUUGUAAGUUGCAUUAAAAAUGUACAUCCUUAGUAAUUGCCAUAAAUAAAGGCCUAUUUAAAAAGGUUAUUAAGAUAUAAGUGUAGAAAGUUUUAACUAGGCCUAUUUAAUUUUAAUAUUAUUGUGUUUGUAUUAAUUUAUACUCUCGCUGAUAUGUUUUAAAUUAUUUAAUGAUACAUUUUUAAACUCUGAAUUAAAAAAAAAGAACUAUUUUUGUAUUUUUAUAUAGGCUGAUUUUAAUAUUAUUAUUGUGUAGGCCUAUGCCGGUAGGUAUUGAAACAUGUAUGAUUAAUAUUUGUGUACAGGGUGUUUUUUUGUUUUUUUUUUAACUUGGGUAACUAAAAAUAUAAGUAGAUACAGAGGCAUUGUUUGGACAAAAAAUAAGCUCUUAAGUUGGCAGCCCUGCUUCCUCUAGCCUACUUUGUUACCAAUCAUUUUGAUAUGCUGAUUUGCUUUGUUAUCCACACAGUUUAGUGUUGUUAGGAAUCAAUUUUGAAUAAGCUUUUGAACAUAUUUUUCUCUAAAACUCAACCCAUGUUCUUUAACACGGAUAAAAUAAUAUUAAAAAAUAAAUAUUACAUUAUUGAUUUUAUAGUUUAUAACCCGUAGUUUAUGCAUUACGUACUAGAAUCUCACCUAAAACAUGAUAAAAUUUCCCAACAUAAAACAAAUGAUUUACUUAUAAUGUAUUCUUCUACAAUACGUAUACUCUUUAAGCUUGUGAGAGUACCAUGUUGAGUCUUAUUCAUAAUAAAUUGUUAAUUAUUCUAAACCACAGAGGAGUUAUAUACAAAGGAUACAAGCUUAUGGAACAACUGUGCGCUUUUAGUUCUGGUAUGUUGGACCAGAAAUGUACUUGGAAGGACAAGCAAGGAAAAGCCCGAACGGUGAUGGCCACAUAGCAUUGUUGUACAGCUCUUGUAGCGCACAGUGCUUCCUUCAACGUUAGCUCUGUAUUACAUCAUUGCGAGAGGGAAAGGAGAGCGAGAGGGGAAAACGAAUAGAUUUGCUCUUGACACCAGCUUACGUGUACAAUUGAAUUUAUCCUCUGUUUCUUUCUUCUAUGUGGCUAAACCAUGUAAAAGGCAUAUCAGCUAAUGGGAAAUGAAGUAAGAGUAGCAGGGCUACCAACAUAUGUGAGCUUGAUUUGUCCAUAAACUUUACGGUUUACGUACAAUCUCAGUACUGUAAUUUGGGUUGCAUAAAAAAAACACUGUAUAUAGUUGUAAUGUUUUACAAUAAUUAUACAAAGUCUGUUGAAUUAUUUCUUGUUACCUAUGCAAAAAGUAUUAUGUGUUUAUGUGUAUUUUUAUAUUUCAGAUUCUUUAAAUUACACACUUCAUGUUAGACUAAGCUAGGAAUGAUACUGAUGUCCUGUCAAUAUGUCACAAUCUAACCUUUGGUAUUCCUUUUAUUUGUGACAAAUCAUACAAUAUUGGAAAAUAAAGAAUGGGAUCUAAUGUUUGUUAACUGUCAAAAAUACCUUGUUGAAAGCAUACAUUUUCUUUUCUGACAACAAUGAAAUAAAUUAAUUUAAAAAGCUUGUAUCGACCCAUUGAAGUUGGAGAAUUCAACAAAAAAAGAGAAACCAGUUUCUCCCUUCUAUAAACUCAUUUAAAAAGAAACAAACCAGGCGUUGCGUGCAACCCCUAUGCCAAAAACAUCAAGAUUUUAAUAUUGUUGUUCAUGUUUGAGACGUUUAUUAUGACAUUAUGGUAUACAUAAAAAACUUUGUUUUAAAGAAAAAAGCUGAUAUCACGACAUAUGAGUGGAACGGGAUGUCGCAGCCACCGCCACCUACAAGUGGAAAGGGUCACUAACAGAUGUUUAAUAGUUAAAGAAAUUACUUGACCAUCCCUUAAAUUAUUGACCAUACAUGGCCUCAAAUGUUUAUUUUUUUAAAUGAAAAUAAAAUACUUUUUCAAUGUUAGUUUGAAGUAUUGAACUGAAUUUAGGUUUAAUUAUUUUCACCCGUAUUGUACAGUUUUGCUUAGUGAAGUUUUGUAAUGAUACAGUUUUUAGUUUCAAAUAUUGUAUGGUUUGUUGACAGUAAGAAUCAGGGUCAGGAGCUGGCAUAGCCCAGAACAUUAAAACUCAACAUUUUCUAUCUGUACUUUUUCUGAUACAGCUGUUUGUAUAACUUUUUUUAGUCACAGUUUGUGGAAAAAAACUCUGAUGUUACACAAUUAAGUGACUCCAAUGUUUUUUUUUUAAUCUUGUUUUACUAUUGUACAAAGAAGUAAGGAAUAGAUUAUACACUUCAUGGUACAAUUAAGAGGUGUCUAGCACUAGUGCUGGUGUCUAGGGCAAAGUCCAACACCGUCCCCUCACCCUCAUCCCUACUACAACGUUCACGGUGGAGAAAGACCCUGUACCUUGUGCGAUAGGAAUUUCCGCAGUGUUGAAAGUUCACCAUUGUUCCAUAAGCGUGUUUCCUCUGUACCUUACUUUUAUGUGCUGGUUGUUCCUAGAAAGGCUUGUGACUCCAGUGUGAUUUUUGGAGAAAGUGAGUGAUAUUCAAUUUACAUCUUAAGAGUUCUGAGCUGUGCAGUUUCUCACAUGAUAUCUUUCUGUCUCUUAUAGUAGUUAAAAUUUUAGUUGUUGACAUUAAUGACACUAAAAAUUACAUAAUAAUCAAUGUAAACAAAGAGCAAGAGCACCUAUACUGUAUUAUAGCUGUAUAUAACAUUAUAUUGUAAGCAUAAAGUAUUAUAACUGGUAUAUAAAUAUAUUAUUUGUUAUGAGUUUAUUAAAUGUAUCGAUAUGUAUUCAAACAGUACUUUGCAAUGACAAAGUUCCUAUCCUGUUUUGAAUAAUAUUAAUGUUAGGUGGGGACAUUGCACUUUGUAUUUUAAUUACAAUGUAUACAAAUAUUUGUAAAAUAAAUUAAAGCGGUCCAUGUAUAAAAUGUUCACUAUUGUAUAAUGCAAUGUAUCGCUUUAUGUAUUAUAAAUCAAAUGCGGAUUUGAGAAGCUGGUGGGUUGAUGCUGACACUGUGCUUUGAUGACUUAAAUGUCUUAUUUAUGUUAAUGAUGUAAUAUUUUUGUUAAUAAAUAAUUACUGUUUGUAA